GGGUCCCGGCGGCGGGAGGAGCGGCCGCGGGGCUGGCUGGCUGGCUGGCUGGCAGGCAGCGGGCGGGCGGGCGGAAAGAUGGCGGCGGCUACGGGCGCGGGCUCCGGGCUGCCGGGGCCAGUGGCGCAGGGCUUGAAAGAGGCGUUGGUGGAGACGCUCACGGGGAUCCUGUCCCCGGUGCAGGAGGUGCGGGCGGCGGCCGAGGAGCAGAUUAAGGUGCUGGAGGUGACGGAGGAAUUUGGAGUUCACUUAGCAGAGCUGACUGUGGAUCCACAGGGAGCAUUAGCUAUUCGUCAGUUGGCAUCAGUCAUCUUGAAACAGUAUGUGGAAACCCACUGGUGUGCCCAGUCAGAGAAGUUCAGGCCUCCUGAAACCACAGAAAGGGCAAAAAUUGUUAUCCGGGAGCUGCUGCCCAAUGGGCUGAGGGAAUCAAUUAGCAAAGUCCGUUCCAGUGUGGCCUAUGCAGUGUCGGCCAUUGCGCAUUGGGACUGGCCAGAGGCCUGGCCCCAACUCUUUAACCUGCUGAUGGAGAUGUUGGUGAGCGGAGAUCUGAAUGCUGUUCAUGGAGCCAUGCGAGUGCUGACAGAAUUCACUCGGGAAGUAACAGAUACACAGAUGCCGCUUGUUGCUCCUGUUAUUCUCCCAGAGAUGUAUAAGAUCUUCACCAUGGCAGAGGUUUAUGGUAUUCGAACCCGUUCCCGUGCUGUGGAGAUUUUUACCACCUGUGCUCAUAUGAUCUGCAACAUGGAAGAGCUGGAAAAGGGUGCGGCCAAAGUGCUGAUCUUUCCUGUGGUUCAGCAGUUCACUGAGGCCUUUGUUCAGGCUCUCCAGAUGCCAGAUGGCCCCACAUCUGACAGCGGGUUUAAGAUGGAAGUCCUAAAGGCAGUGACUGCCUUAGUGAAAAACUUCCCCAAGCACAUGGUUUCCUCCAUGCAGCAGAUCCUGCCAAUUGUGUGGAACACUUUGACUGAAAGUGCAGCUUUUUAUGUGAGGACAGAAGUGAAUUAUACUGAGGAAGUAGAAGAUCCAGUGGAUUCUGAUGGUGAGGUGCUGGGGUUUGAAAACCUUGUCUUCAGCAUUUUUGAAUUCGUCCACGCCCUCCUGGAAAACAGCAAAUUCAAAAGCACCGUGAAGAAGGCGCUGCCGGAGCUGAUUUAUUACGUUAUUUUAUAUAUGCAGAUAACUGAGGAGCAGAUUAAAGUGUGGACAGCCAACCCCCAGCAGUUUGUUGAAGAUGAAGACGAUGAUACUUUUUCCUACACUGUCAGGAUUGCAGCCCAAGACCUGUUGCUGGCUGUGGCCACUGAUUUCCAGAACGAGAGUGCAACGGCCCUGGCUGCUGCCGCCACUCGGCAUUUACAAGAAGCCGAGCAAACCCAGAGCAGCGGCACUGAGCACUGGUGGAAGAUCCACGAAGCUUGUAUGCUGGCUCUGGGCUCUGUGAAGUCUAUCAUUACUGACAAUGUGAAAAAUGGCAGGAUCCAUUUUGACAUGCACGGGUUCCUAACCAACGUUGUUCUUGCAGACCUCAAUCUCUCAGUGUCUCCUUUUCUGUUGGGCCGAGCUCUCUGGGCUGCAAGUCGGUUCACUGUUGCCAUGUCUCCUGAACUGAUCCAACAGUUCCUACAGGCAACUGUGAGUGGUUUGCAUGAGACCCAGCCCCCGUCAGUCCGGAUCUCUGCCGUCAGAGCCAUCUGGGGUUAUUGUGACCAGCUGAAGGUCUCAGAGAGCACCCACGUGUUGCGGCCCUUCCUUCCCAGUGUCCUGGAUGGCUUGAUUCACCUGGCAGCACAGUUCAGCUCAGAAGUCCUCAAUUUGGUGAUGGAGACACUUUGCAUUGUAUGCACAGUAGACCCAGAAUUCACAGCCAGUGUGGAAAACAAAAUCUGUCCAUUCACCAUUGCCAUUUUUCUAAAAUACAGCAAUGAUCCCGUUGUUGCCUCAUUGGCUCAGGAUAUCUUCAAGGAACUGGCCCAGAUAGAGGCUUGUCAGGGUCCCAUGCAGAUGAGAUUGAUCCCAACUCUGGUCAGCAUCAUGCAGGCGCCUGCUGACAAGAUCCCUGCUGGACUGUGUGCGACAGCCAUUGAUAUUCUGACUACAGUGGUUCGAAACACAAAGCCUCCUCUCUCCCAGCUGCUCAUCUGCCAGGCGUUCCCCGCCGUUGCACAGUGUACUCUAAACACAGACGAUAAUGCCACCAUGCAGAAUGGUGGUGAGUGCCUUCGGGCCUAUGUGUCGGUGGCCUUGGAGCAGAUUGCACAGUGGCAUGAUGAGCAGGGUCACAAUGGUCUAUGGUAUGUGAUGCAAGUGGUGAGCCAGCUCCUUGACCCCCGCACCUCCGAGUUUACCGCUGCCUUUGUUGGCCGCCUAGUCUCCACCCUCAUUUCCAAGGCAGGGAGGGAGCUGGGUGAGAAUCUGGACCAGAUCCUUCGUGCCAUCCUCAGCAAGAUGCAACAGGCAGAAACACUCAGUGUUAUGCAGUCCCUGAUCAUGGUCUUUGCUCACCUGGUACACACUCAGCUGGAGCCCCUGUUGGAGUUUCUGUGUAGUCUCCCAGGACCCACUGGUAAACCUGCCCUGGAGUUUGUUAUGGCUGAGUGGACAAGCCGGCAGCACCUGUUCUAUGGACAAUACGAAAGUAAAGUCAGCUCUGUGGCCCUAUGCAAGCUUCUCCAGCAUGGCAUCAAUGCAGAUGACAAGCGCCUGCAGGACAUCAGGGUGAAGGGAGAGGAGAUCUUCAACAUGGAUGAGGGCAUCCGUACUCGUUCUAAGGCAGCCAAAAACCCUGAACGCUGGACAAACAUUCCUUUACUAGUCAAGAUCUUAAAGCUGAUCAUCAAUGAGCUGUCCAACGUCAUGGAAGCCAAUGCCUCUCGCCAGACACCAGCGGAGUGGAGUCAAGAUGAUUCUAACGAUAUGUGGGAAGACCAGGAAGAAGAAGAAGAGGAAGAUGAAGGCUUAGCUGGGCAACUCCUUUCUGACAUUCUUGCCACAAAUAAAUACGAUGAGGAUUACUACGAAGACGAUGAAGAGGAUGAUCCAGAUGCCCUGAAGGACCCCCUCUAUCAGGUCGAUUUACAGGCCUAUCUGACUGACUUCCUGUGCCAGUUUGCCCAACAACCCUGCUACAUGAUGUUCUCAGGCCACCUUAAUGACAACGAAAGGAGGGUACUGCAAGCCAUCGGCAUCUAAGCUUCUGGCAGCCCAGCCACACACUGUUCUGUAGCUUUCACUGAUGUCGAGAUUUUCCUUUCUCCUGUUCUGGAGCUGCCUCCCCGAGCAACACACACUGACUGAAGCACAGACUGGGCUCACCAAAGUUGUCAUAAGAGGGAUGCUGGAUCUAGGGAUUCGGGGCAUUCCCUCCUGAGGACAUUCUAGCACAAGAAAUCAAACGCCCCUGCUUCUGCCCCUGGCCCAGAUGCAGGGCUGUUUUCAGAGCCCUUUGCAGGACAGCCCUGAAACAUCAUUGGCCAGAAAGAUCAGAGGUUUCUGUGUUAGUGGAUUAUUUUUCUCCUUCUCUGGAGGAUCAAAAGACAUGGUCAUUCAUGUCCCACGAACUGACCUUACUACCCUGACUUUCAUAGGACAACUGGCAUGUUUGGAUAGGAAUUCCAUUUUUGUCAGCAGCCCCAUACCACUGACUCAGUAGGUUCUGGUUGGAGAUGAAGAGCAAGUGGAUUCCUGGUUGUCUCCAGUGACCCUUUCUCCUCUUCCUUUUACCCCCAGCCUCCAAAAUCUUUCCACUAAAACUCAUCAGUUGAUAAAAA